AUGAUUUCUUUUGCGACCAUUGAUCAAUAUUUGGCUACUUGUUCUCGUCCUGGUUUGCAACAAUGGAGCAACAUUAAACUUGCUCAUCGUCUGUCCGUAACAUCGAUCAUUCUUUGCGUUCUUCUUGGAAUUCCUUAUAUGUUUUAUUUCAAUAUAAUUGAACAACCUACAACACAUAAAAUAGUUUGUACAAGUACAAAUGCUUAUUUUUUCCGUUAUCAUGUUUAUGUUUAUAUAAUAUCUCUUGCCGGUGCUGUACCAGUAACUGUCACAGUUCUCUUUGGCUCUUUGGCGUAUCGUAACGUCCAACAAUUGGCUCAUCGAACUUUACCAUUGGUUCGUCGUGAAUUAGACAAACAAUUGACAACCAUGGUUCUUGUCCAAGUUGUUCACAAUUUCUUUGCAACAAUUCCCUAUACGAUUGUUACUGCUAUCGUUAAUAGUCCUCUUCUUCCGAAUGACCCAGUUAUUAACGCACAAGUCCAAUUUGCCAAUAUUAUAACUAUCUAUUUGUAUUAUCUAAAUUAUGCAAGCCCAUUCUAUAUUUAUCUCGGUGCAUCCGAACGAUUUCGUCAUCAGCUAAUUUAUGUUCUAUUCGAAAUUCAUCUUAAACGAUGGCGACGACGAAUAGCUAAUGUUGAUCAAAUGGAUCCACAAUAUUAA